GUGAAAUUGGCCGAUUUCCUCUCACGUAUGCUGGAAAGAAGCUCACUUCGCACCUGUCCGAAGGUAAUCUGCCAGUAACAUGUUGAUCUUAUCUCAUCUCACGUGCACGAGACGUUUUCUAUCAGGUUUUUUUUUUCAUUCUCCUUGAGCUUUCUCUCUGUUCACUUUCUCUUCAGUCCCAUUUUUAUUCUCUGUUCACUUUCUCUUCACUCCCAUUUUUAUUCUAUUCAUUCCCUCUUUCACUCUCAAUUCACUCCCUUUUUUUUCUUUUUUCUUCUCUCCGUCUCUCUCCUCAAUCUUCGCUUUUAAACGAGGUUUUCCUAUCUUACGGGCGCAUGAAAUGAUUACUGCUUUUUAUGUCCUAUCUUUACAGCAAUCUCUCUCUCUCUGUGCUCAUUACUGAGUACUUAAUGACAUACCCUACCCCAUUCAGCCACCGUUUGUUCGAGACAGAGGCAGGGCAUGUGCUUUUGAAAGAAAAAGCAACCUCUCAUCUCUUCUUUCCUCAGCCGAGACGCACUUGAUGUGUACUCUGUGUGUACGGCACGUGUCGGUGGCACGCAGGUAUCUGGCACACAAAACAUCUGUCUAAUGCACUCCUGUUCUAUUUUUAUGCACCAGUAUGGCGUCGUACGUGUGAGUCUAGAAUCCACGCGAGCGCACGCGAAUACAGACCCGAGACAAUCGCACCUGCUUCAAGAUGCAGAAACGCAGCAACAGCGGCGAUGCCUGCAACGCUCUCUCUUUCGUUACCUUGACGACGUGCGCCGCAUGGACCUGGACGUGCAGGCCCUGUCUGCUCGACUUCGCCAACGAUCCCUGUCCGAGGGCGCCACCCCACCUCCGGCCGACACCACCGACAGUGACGACGACAGCGAGGACCACAACGCCGACAAGAAGCGACGGUCUCUGUCAUUCAGCUCUCAGUCUCCAUCACCAGCACUAACCUGUCCCCACUCAACCCCCAGACCUCUUCUCCCGAGCCGGAGACGUCCGACAGUUCCGAGACAACGACCCUGGCGAGGGCUCCAGGGAGAGGUGAAGCCCAUGUUCAGAAAGAAGAUGGAAGAAGUGAAGAAGGAUGAUGAUGAAGAGGAAGAGGAGGAGGAUUUUUGGGCUGAGUUGCCGACGAUCUUGUUGGAGGACAUCUUCACGCUGUUGACCCCCAAACAGCGCCACCAAGCGUCCAUGGUCUGCCGGCCAUGGUACGAGAUCUUCUACUCACCGCGUGUGUGGGAGACGUUCGUGCUGCUGGAGAGAACUCUCACUAAGAGACGCUUCAACCUGUACAAGGGCUACCAGCGAGAGUUGUGUCCCCGUAAGGCGCAGGUCUGUCUGAUGCGCGUCGGCUGCUUCUUCAAGCGUAUCGUGGUGACCCCCAUCAGCGACUACUACAACUUGUACGAGUUUCUGCGCGUGCUGGCGGCGUUCCUGGCCUUCUACAACGACUUCCCCAUGCCGCUGCUGCACACUUUCCGCUUCACCUUCGCCUGCGAGAACCGCGGCAUGACCGGCGUCGUCAUCCACGGCACCGGCGGCAAGAUCCUCGACGAACUGAAGACGUUGUUGGGCAACAUGAAACACCUGCGACACCUGGCCCUCAACGAGCUGCUGCUCGACGCCUGCGAGGUGCCGGGGCUGCUGCAGGCCGCCGCCAAGAACUGCUGCGACACGCUGCACUCGCUGGAGCUGCUGAACUGCACCAAGGUUCCGGUGGCCAUGCCGGACGUGACGCAGUUCCAGAAGCUUCACAAGCUGACGCUGAGCCCGCAGCACCUGGACGAAGAGAUCGUGGUGCUGCUGGCCGGCACACAGGUGGAGCAGCUCCACAUCGUGCAGGACGCCUACACCUGCCCCUGUGCACCCGUCUCCAGCGACGCCUGGCGGCUGUUCCGCGAGAUUGCGCCCAGCAAGCGAGUCUUCCUGGAGAUCCAGGGCCUCACGAAGGAACCUCUGCUUCUGCAGCCACAUGCCCCAGUCCGUGGAAUCAUCUUCCGCACUCCCUACCACCGUCUGACCGCCGAGCUGACCACGUGGGUGCUGGAGUACUACGGCAAGCAGCUGGAGUUCUUCGUGCAGGAAGGUCUGCCGAGGGCUCACGGCUCCCGACGAUUUCACGAACGAGCUGAUGCCUCGUUCCUGCGUCUGGCACGCAGCUGCCCCGGCCUUCACACGCUGGUCAUCCGCGAGCGGAUCUCCCUGGCAACCCUCCUUCUGUUGGCCGACGAGGCGCGAGCACUGCGCAUCUUCAUCGUGCGCCACAACGCCCUCAUCAAGAAGUGUGAGUGGCCACGCGCCAGCGGUUGGUCGCCUGAGUACUUCCGCUGGCUCAGGACGCAUGCGCGCGACUACCGCCAGGCCUUCCAGCAGGUUCCGGUGCUGCUGAAACAGCGCUGGAAGCCCACGCCCGACAGAGCAUUCAAGCAUCUGCGUCUACUCAUCUCCUGAGUGUAGGAUGCAUGAUGGGGUGGAACUGGCAGAAGUGGUGGUGGGGGAUGGUUUCGAGUGGGACUAAUCCUUGUUGGGAGAAAUAAUGCUUGCAAGCAAGGACCAGUUGAGUGAUGAUGAAAACAAUGACAAAUACUUGUUUUUCAAAGCGAGGCUUCUUGAUCUUGUCCAGUGGCCGUCUGCUGCUAAAAUAUACACGGUAAUUGUUGUACUGUGAGAACUUUGCGGGAAAGAAUGGGAUUAGUGGUAAUCUGGUCUCUGAAUUACUGAAGAUGCUUGUUUUGGGUCUGAAAGUGUGGCUGGGUUAUUGUGUAAGAUGCAUGGAGUUCCAUAUGUACCAGGAACUAGUCAGAAUAUCUAUUAAUUUAAAAAACAUUUUUAACAAUAUUUUCCUGCAUGUAUUAACAUUAAUAGUCAAUAUUUAUAUAUUUAUAUUAAAAUGUAAUGUUUUGUGAAAAAAAUGCAUGAUAGUAAAAUAACCUGCUUGAGUCUGCUUCAAAGAGUCGGUGGAUCUGCACAAAAGUUUUAAUGUAAAACUCAUUUUACACUUGACCUCCCACACUUCAAGAAUGGAGGUUCAGUAGCUCUAACGGGCAAGAAGGUAAACAGGUGAGAGCCCAAGAGUCAUCUGCUGACGAUGAAGUCAAGAAGCCGCUCAUCUAGAAAUUGAUGAAGACUGAGGACAUGGAGCUUGUAGCCAUAAAAAACUGUUUGAUUUCAUAUGUAUUUUUAUAUACUGUAUCUUUGCGUCCAUUUUUUUACCUGCUAGUGUCUAAGCUUCCCUGAAGACGCCAAGAAAUCUUGGAGUAACGGAAACUUCAAUAAGAUCAAAAGAAUCGCUGUAUAUAUGUCAUAUCUCGUGCUUGUCAUGGCUGUGUUUAGUAAAGUGGAUGAUGAAAGAAAGUUUGGAAGACUAGACAUCGGAAAAAAAGGUUUAGUCGUGAUGGUGAGAUGUUUGGGCAGAAAGAUGUUUGUUCUAAAUGUCCUUUAGAUAUUGGACCGUUGCCUCACACUUUACAAUGCAGUUGUGCUUUGUCUUGCUGAUCUUUCUAAGUCGAUGUUGUAGUUUUGUUCAUAACCUGUUCAUUUUAGUACAGGUGUUUUACGUUUUCGAUGUUGAGUGUCGCAAGACUUCAAACGAAAUAGUUGGUUAUUGGAAAUCUUUGUCUCUUUAUUCUGCCGCAAGUAUGCCCUGUACGCAUUAACACGUGCUGAUAUCCGCAGGACUUCCUCCUGUCCUCCAUAUUACCAAAAACUUUGUCGUUUUCCGCAUAUUUAUUGAAUUGUACUCUUUUGAAGUGCAAUAUAAAAUGUCCUGUGAUAAAUUGAUAUCGUUUUAUACAUUUUUCACUGGGUUUUUUGCAUUAUGAUGAGUGUAAAAAAAAAAUUUGAAUAAAACUGUGUUUUGUUC